AUGUUUCCCUUACAAGCUGCAAAUCUAGAUCUGGAUGCGCUGAGUGGGAUCUGCGGCUCAAUCUCCAUCGCCUGUUGGGUUGUCGUCUUCUCCCCUCAGAUCAUCCAGAAUUUCCGUCAAGGCUCCGCUGAUGGCCUUUCGCUCCUAUUCCUUGCCAUUUGGCUGGCAGGCGAUGUAUUCAAUAUCCUGGGCGCCGUCCUGCAGGGCGUCCUGCCGACAAUGAUCAUGCUAGCGGUAUACUACACGUUGGCGGAUAUUGUUCUCUUAGGUCAGUGCUUUUACUACCGGGGGCUCACUUUGCAGGAUGACUCAUCUGCGCCUAUUGCUCGAGCUGAGCGUGCCGACCCUGAAGAGAAUGCAGCGUCGGCAACGGAGCGGACGGCGCUACUUUCUCCUCACCACCACGCGCAAGACCAGUCGAGCAGAGCUCCAGGUGAAAGGGGACAUUCGUUACGCGACUCCAUUCAUCCUCCUUUCGUGGAUGCAACACACUUGUCACCCGCAACACCUUUAGUCGAACCAUCUCCCGAUGUAGUCCGGCCUACUCAAAACGUCUCCACUAUUCAGCACAUAGCCUUCAAUGUCACCGCCAUUGCACUCGUUUGCGCCGCUGGCGUAUUGGGCUGGUACGUCAGCCCGAAGAACAAGACGCCAAAGUCUCCCGAUAGCGAAAACGCAGCCCUCGCUUUUGAUACCUUGGGCCAGGUAUUUGGAUACCUCUGUGCAGUGCUCUACCUGGGCUCGCGCCUCCCCCAGCUCCUUCUGAACUACAAGCGAAAGUCUACCGAAGGUGUCUCCCUUCUCUUCUUCCUCUUCGCCUGUAUUGGGAAUCUGGCCUACGUUCUCUCGAUCUUCGCGUACUCGCCUGUUUGUGAGGGUGACUCGUAUGAGAAGAUUGGUCAUUGCCGGCCUGGUGAAGCCGGGGCAUUGUAUUGGCGGUAUAUACUCGUGAAUCUAUCUUGGUUGAUCGGGAGCUUUGGAACGCUGUUGCAGGACAUGGCCAUUUUCACUCAAUUCUUUUUGUAUAAGGACAACAAAUACGCUUCAUGA